CAUCGAUAGAACAAAAUGGAGGAGUAUGCUAGAGAACCAUGCCCCUGGAGGAUUGUGGACGACUGUGGUGGAGCUUUCACCAUGGGAGCCAUUGGAGGAGGAAUAUUUCAGGCAGUGAAAGGUUUCAGAAAUGCACCUUCGGGGAUGAGCCACAGAAUGAGGGGGAGCUUAACUUCCAUCAAGACCAGAGCUCCACARCUAGGAGGUAGCUUUGCAGUGUGGGGAGGCCUCUUCUCCAUGAUUGACUGUGGUUUAGUAAAAGUGCGAGGCAAAGAGGAUCCCUGGAAUUCAAUAACAAGUGGGGCCAUGACAGGUGCGAUCCUCGCUGCCAGAAGUGAGUACAUUGCAAUGUGCUCAAACGUCUGAAUUGAUGUUUGUUGUUUCAAACUUCCGAUCGGCUCUCACAUUUAUGUCUGUUUUUCCUCCUCAGGACCCCAGUUUGCCGAGGAACCUUCCCCCGCUCCCAUUCCCACCUCUCCCUUCGGGGACUAUAGACAAUAUCAGUGAGAGGGCCGCACUCCCCUCUUUUAUCCACUAGAUCUUUUUAAAUUCCUUGCUGAAGAGAUGAAGGUGCAGACUGUCAUCUUGUUUUUCUGUUAAAAACUACACCCRCUGUCAUGAUCUGUUACGGGGGAGYGAAGGACGGAACUCAUCUUCAUUUUUCUUCUUUUAUGAGAUGUACAGAUCUGCCUUUUGCCAUUCUCGGCCUUUUCGCGUGCAUCUGUGUUGCUCGGAACAGCGUUGGGAUGAAAGUUGUUUAUUUGGGACGAUGAGAUGCACUUUCUGCUUUGGUGUGACGUACAUAUCCUUACAGACGAGCUGUGAUGGUGUUGAAUCUCAGAAAAAACACGUCACGCAUGAAACGUAAAAGUUUGGCUUGUAUUCAUUUAUGUCAGUUUUUUUAUUUUUAUUUUUUAUUUUUUUUUGCAUUUUAUGUCACAUGCUUGAGUUUUCUGGCAACUCUGUGCUGGCCUUCCUCUUUUAUUCAGUAAAAUAGAGAAACUUCUUUCAGAAACAGAUCCAUUCCUGAAAUAGUUUGUUUUUGGGUGAAUUAUUUAUUUUAGAUUGUAAAGAGUUGUGUCAAAUUGUUCUGUUUUCUGUGAUAGUAAUUUUUCCAUUCAACACAGUGUGAAAAAUACCGCUAAGGGUAAAGAAUGGCACUGGUAGUUCAAUUCAAGAGAGCAACUAAAGCAAGGGAUUGAUGUGUGAUGUAUUAAAUCUGUAUAACAGAUUGUACUAUGGUACAAUAAAGAUAUUAAUUGUUAAA